AUGACCCAAACUUUCUUUGAUAUUACCGUUGACGACAAGCCAUUAGGCAGAAUUGUUUUCAAGUUGUACAACGAUGUUGUUCCAAAGACUGCUGAAAACUUCCGUGCUCUUUGUACUGGUGAAAAGGGCUUUGGUUACAAGGCCUCUUCUUUCCACAGAGUGAUUCCUGAAUUCAUGUUGCAAGGUGGUGACUUCACCAGAGGUAACGGUACCGGUGGUAAGUCUAUUUACGGUGAAAAGUUUGCUGACGAAAACUUCUCCAAGAGACAUGAAAGACCAGGUUUGUUGUCUAUGGCCAAUGCUGGUCCUAACACCAACGGUUCUCAAUUCUUCAUUACCACUGUCCCAUGUCCAUGGUUAGAUGGUAAGCACGUUGUUUUCGGUGAAGUUGUUGAUGGUUAUGACAUUGUCUCCAAGAUUGAAGCUCUUGGUUCCGGUUCUGGUUCUCUCAGAAACAAGGUUACCAUUGCUGACUGUGGUGAAUUGUAA